GACUUUAUUAACCUGGACGAUCAUCAUUUACAAACAUAUAACGAUACUCCCGGGUUCAAACCAUUUACUUUAGUAAUACUAUAUGUCGUUCAAGUAUUUGCUGUGAGUGAAAAUGUUGUGUUUUGUUCGUGAUUAUGAAACCAAGAACAACGCUGUAUUGGCUUCGAAUUAAUUGUGAAUUGUCUAACUCUUUCUUUAAAUUCUCCUUUUUUAAAAAAUCAUUUUAAACUUCAAACUUUCGAAAGUCAUUUUGUUGGCGCUUUGUUUUUGUACUCUACGCAAUCUCUUAUUUGAACGAAAACAUUGAAAAAUGCCAAAAUGGCCGCUGUAUGCGAGGCUGCAUCAUUGGCUGUAUAGAUAAAUAAUAAUUUCAUUUAGAAAUUACAUUGCUCGAACUUAGCUGAUAGGUUUAUUGUGUGAAAAGAUUUGUACACAUUGUGUACAAAAUUCCACACAGUUGUACGCGUUUUUACACAAUGUGUGUACACUGUGUUUGAAGUUCACUUUUGUCGUGCUCAUGUUUUUGUUUUGAACAACUAAAAGUGGCGCGAAAAUUGUCUUGAACAUUAACAUACGUUUAGACGUUUUGGGUGAAAAAAGAAGCACUUUUACAGUUAACUAGGCAAAAAAAAAACGAUAACAUACUUUAUCCAAAGAUUUUCUUUCUACUUUGGGCUUCUAUCCAUUAAUCUUCUGCUUGAAAAAUACAAAGAACAGCAAACCAUUAACAACUUUCCGUCUGGUACGUCGAGUUUGCAAGCAAGCUACCCAUCGUGACCAUGACUGCCCCUGGACUGCCCACGCUCAGCCACAUUGCCCCUCACUGCUCCACACAGACCCUCACUGCCCCUCAGCAAAUUCAAGAUGGCUGUUAAGUUAGAUUUUGUAAUGUGUUUGCAAGAUGGUUGUUUGCCGUUUGAAUAGACAAUGAAAUUUUGAGCUCAUUUUACCCUAGAAAGGAACGAAAAAAUAUAUGCAUUCUUUUCGACCUCCUCACCAGUCUAGGGACUGUUUUCAGCGAUUGUGUGUUUGUCCGAAUCCUUCUGAACGUUCUAUAUUUGCUCAAAUGACUGUGGGUCUUAAAAUGUUGUAUUCAAGUAUUGAUGAUAAAGCAAACAAGAAGCAAAUAAAUAAGUCGUUGUUUCUCAACAGCAGUUUUAAAGAAGAUAAGUUCAAGCCAGUAAUUGGAGCUCUCCUUGCUGGUCGGUACAAAGUUAUCGCUAAUGUUGGUGAAGGUCAGUCAUCUGUGAUGGUACAAGCAGAGGAUACAUAUCAUCCAAGGCAGAGAUAUGUAGCAAUAAAGAUAUUACACAAAAGUUAUGCCAAUUUGGGACCUCAGGAAGCAAGUUGUCUACUUCAUUUAAGGAACUCUGAUGCCUAUAAUGUUUCUAACAUUGCUCAUUUCUUGAAUAUGUUUGCUAUUGGAAAUCAUUUUUGCAUAGUCUUCAAAUUCCUAUUACCAAAACCCAUUUACAAGUAUUUUCAGAUGUUUCCAUUCCAAAGCAAGAUGGAAAGAUUGAACUCUUUGAAGAAUAGCUUUUCAACAAGUAGAAAAAAUGUCAAAUUAAUAGACCUGGGCAAUGCAAUUUAUUGUGUUCACAAAGAGAUGUCUCUAUAUUUUGACUCGUUUGAAUUACAAACUGUCUUUUAUCGAGCCCCGGAAGUUAUGUUCGGCUUACCAUUUGGUUAUCAGAUUGACAUGUGGUCGCUGGCUUGUGUACUAGCAGAGCUUUAUCUGGGAGAACCGCUAUUUCUCGGGACUUCAAAGAGGAAAUACUGGAGCAAGUAUGAUCUUCAAUAUAUUCUUGAUUAG